ACGAUUUUCUUUUUUUUAAUCGCUUUUGUCAAGUACACUAGCUUUUUCUCUGUGUCAAUGUUUGCUGUUUUUCUUCUGUUUUGGCCUUGAAUUUAAUGUUAACACUCCUUUAAUUAUAAUCCCGAGUGAAGUACUUCUGCCACCACUGAAAGGCCACCGAAGGAACCAGCCUAAACAGAGCGGCAACAUUAUGUCUGCAGAGCUGGACUUGUCCCCACCAGAAGUGCCCGAGCCCACCUUGUUGGAAAGCAUUCUGCGCUAUGGAUUGUUUCUGGGCGCCAUCUUCCAGCUUAUCUGCAUCUUAGCUGUCAUCUUCCCGACAUCCAAAGGCCAUGAGCAGGAAUCGGAGUCCACUGAUGCCAAAUCUGCUGAACAAAUGAAGAAAACUAAAGGACCGGUGCCUCAGAUAAGACAGAAACCGAAGAAAGAGAGCAAGAAGAAGCGAUAAAUAGCUCUGUGUAACUUUCUCUGUGUUCAGUGUGUGCAUUACUUCACUGUGCAAAUGGGUGUUUUAUCAUAGAAAGCAUUUCAUUCAUCACUACAGCUAAAAAUAUAUAUAUAUAUAUAUAUACACUAGCGUAGUAUUACAGCACUAAAUAUUCAACCCACAUGUACAAAAAGCAAAUUGUCAUGGUGUUUCUUGACUGUUGAUAAAGAUGUGUUUUUUUCUAUUUUUUUAUAUGUAUCACUGAUUGAAUGGUAUUUGAAUUACAAAUAAAUGUAGUAUCUAGUGA